CCUCCAUUCCAGUGCGUGAGAGACGCUUCGUAAAUUCAUCGGUCGACGAUCUCUUCCCUUUUCCUCUCUUUCUCGUUCCCUCUCCUUUUUUUUUCUUCGCCCCACGGUGCCACCACGGUGGAAUGCUAGCGCUCAUGUUCCUCCAGAUCCUGAUCGGUUCCUCCAUCCUGGCGACGGCGAUCCCGAAGCAGGCGAUCCCGGACGGCGAGCAUCGUGUUUUGAACAAGGAUGCAAGCAGCAAAGAUCACUAUGUCCAUUCCCAACAUAAUCCAGCCUACGAUCAUGAAGCCUUUCUCGGGGAAGAGGCCAAGACGUUCGAUCAGCUUACACCCGAGGAGAGCACAAGGCGGCUAGGGAUAAUUGUUGACAAGAUAGACAAGGAUAGCGACGGCUACGUGACGCAGGAGGAGCUUAAAGAUUGGAUAAUGUACACGCAGCAGCGUUACAUCAAGGACGACGUGGAGCGUCAGUGGAGAUCCCACAAUCCAAUGGGAAAGGAGAAACUGUCUUGGACGGAAUACAAGGACAUGGUUUACGGCGACAUGGAGGAGCAGGAGAGCGACAAGGCGGACGACUCGUUCUCGUACGCUCAGAUGUAUAAGAGGGAUCGCAGAAGGUGGACCACAGCGGAUCUGGACGGCGAUGACGCUCUGACCAAGGAGGAAUUCACCGCCGUCCUUCACGCGGAAGACGCGGAGCACAUGAAGGACGUGAUAGUGCUGGAAACAAUGGAGGAUAUCGAUAAGGAUGAAGAUGGGAAGAUAUCUCUCGCGGAAUACAUUGGCGACCUGUACAGGGGCGAGGAAGGUGAAGAGGAGCCGGAAUGGGUGAAGAACGAAAAGGAACAAUUCUCCUCGUACAGAGAUAAAGAUGGGGAUGGAUUUUUGAACGCUGACGAGGUAAAAACGUGGAUUAUUCCCGCGGAAUUUGAUCACGCCGAGGCGGAGUCGAGGCACUUGAUUUACGAAGCGGACACCGAUGCGGAUCACAAGCUGACGAAGAACGAGAUUUUGGAGAAAUACGACAUCUUCGUCGGAUCUCAGGCGACGGACUUCGGAGAGGCGUUAGCGAGGCACGAUGAGUUUUAACGAGGUGCAAUCUUAUAAGAAAAAGAAAUUACUA